GAGAGAGAGAGAGAGAGAAAUGGCUGCUGACUGGGGGCCUGUGGUGAUGGCGGUUGUGCUCUUCGUUCUGCUGUCGCCAGGCCUCUUGUUUCAGGUUCCUGGUCGAUCGAGGAUCGUAGAGUUUGGUAACUUCAGCACCAGCGCCAUGUCCAUUCUGGUUCACACCAUCAUCUUCUUUGGUCUUAUCACCAUCUUCCUCAUAGCUAUUGGCGUGCACAUACACACAGGUUGAUAACGUGCACAUAUAAACGUGCCUGUGUGCACAUGCAUGCGCGCAAUCAUCUCCGUUUCAUGUGGAGACAUGUUUCCUUGCACGGUAGCCUGUACGUGUGUGUGUGUGUGUGUGUUAACUUGGUUAUGUUGAGUUUAUGAUCAAGUCUUGGUCCAUAGAUCUUUCUGGCUUGUUGGUGUCAAAGUUUUUUGGCUGAAUAGCUACUUGAAGUAGCAUUUGUAUCUUAAUCAUUUUGUCUUGUUGUGAUUUCAUUUGGAUUUUUAGGACAUGUGUAUUUCUUUAGUAGUCAAGGUGUGAUGAUCUUGAGUAAAUUAGUAAAGCAAGGUGACUAUCUUACGAUUAUAAAGAUCAAAGUUAGCACCCCAA